AUGAGUGAUCAACAAGAAGAGUCCAGUGCUAAUGGUGUUAACAAAUUAUACAUGGAGGCAAUGUUAGCCGAAGUUAAGAAGCUUGUGACCGUGAGCCUCGAGGAGUUUCGACAGGAGAUUCAAGAGCAGACCAAACCAAAGGCUAGCAAAGAUAAGAGAAGAGAUCUAGGGAAAGAACCUGAGGAAGUUUUGGAGCCGACUAGACCUCUCAGAGAUGAUGCGGCCACAGAUUAUUACGGUCUUCUUAGUAGUUCCUCAAGAGACAGUCGAAGAAGGCAUAGGCGACACAAGGAAGAACGAGUUCAAGAGGGUUUUGGAGGAGUUAAACUCAGGAUCCCUCCUUUUCACGGCAAAAACGACCCUGAUGCCUACUUAGAGUGGGAAAAGAAGAUCGAAUUGUUGUUCAAUUGCCAACAAUUCGCCGGGAUUAAUCGAGUGAAGAUAGCCACUACCGAGUUCUACGAUUAUGCUCUUUGUUGGUGGGAUCAGGUUGUUACGACUAGAAGAAGAAAUCAGCAAUUUCCUAUUGAUACUUGGGAGGACAUGAAAUCUCUCAUGAGAAAAAGGUUUGUGCCAAGUCACUACCAUAGAGAAUUGCACCAAAGACUUAGACGGCUCACACAAGGCAACCGAUCUGUUGAAGAUUACUAUCAAGACAUGAAGACCUUGAUGCUACGAGCUGAUAUUCGAGAAGAUGCUGAAGCCACUAUGUCUCGUUUCUUAGGAGGAUUGAACAGAGAGAUUCAAGACAAGCUUGACAUGCAGCAAUAUGAGGAAUUAGAAGAUAUGUUGCAUAAGGCCAUCCUCAUAGAACAACAGCUCAAGAGGAGAAACACCAAAACCGUUUAUGGAGCUGGAGGAAUGCCUACUAAACCAAGAUAUUCUAGAGAGGAGAAGCCGAGUUCAGUAUCAAAAGAAGAGAAGCCAGCCGGUGUCUCUAAAGAAGAACCUAAGUCAUUCACUUCGGUAUCAGAUAACCGAAACAAAGCUAUGGGGCCAACAAGAACCAGAGACGUUAAGUGUUUCAAGUGUCUUGGAAGAGGGCAUUACGCAAACGAGUGUUCGAAUAAGAAGAUCAUGAUACUCAAAGACGAUGGCGAAUGGGAAUCAACAGCUGAGUCUGAAGCCGAAUCUCAUUCUGAACAUGAAGAGCUUCCUGCUCAUGGCUCCUUACUUGUAUCAAGAAGGUCUCUAAGCGUGCAAGCCAAAGCUAUAGAAGAGGAGCAGAGAGAGAAUUUGUUUCAUAGCCGGUGCCUUGUACAAGGAAAAGUUUGUAGUCUCAUCAUAGAUGGCGGUAGCUGCACCAACGUAGCCAGUCAAGAGAUGGUUCAAAAGCUCAACCUAGCCACCGAGAAGCACCCCCGACCCUACAUGCUCAACUGGUUGAAUAAUGAUGGGGAAUUAAAGGUCAACAGCCGUGUCAUGGUCCCUAUUAGUAUUGGAGGAUAUGAAGACGAGAUACAGUGUGAUGUGUUGCCCAUGGACGCAUGA